GCCCGGACCUUGGACUCUUCUCUUCGCUACCCUUCUGUCGUUGACUUGUAACGGGAACGGUGUAGUGACGUGAAGCGCCGCCCCUCGCAGAUGGUGCCCACCUGUCGGUUCACCGGAGCGGAUACAGAGUGACGAGAACACGGACGAGGAUGCUGCUGCAGCGGGUGGCGGUGGUCGGUGCCGGGGCGGCGGGACUCUGUGCAGCCAGACACAUCCUGUCCCGUGUGAACAGCUUCGCCCCCCCGGUGGUGUUCGAGCUCACAGACAACAUCGGAGGCACCUGGUGCUACGACGAGCGGGUCGGGACGUACGACAACGGACGGCCCGUUCACAGCAGCAUGUACAGAGACCUCCGGACCAACCUGCCCAAAGAGGUGAUGAUGUUCCCUGAUUUCCCCUUUGACCCCCAGCUGAGCAGCUUCCUGCCGCACCAGGAGGUCCAGAGGUACCUCGAGAAAUACUGCCACGAACACCACAUCUGGCCUCACGUCAGAUUCAACACAGCGGUGGAAAACGUGAGGCCCGUCGUUUUGUCGGCGGAGGGCGAGAAGGACCGGACCACGUGGGAGGUGACGUCGUCUGACUCGUCCGGCCGUCAGAAGACAGAAAUGUUCGACUCGGUCUUCGUCUGCUCGGGACAUUACUCUGAGCCUCACAUCCCUCACAUCCCGGGGACCGAGCACUUUAAAGGGCGGGUGCUCCACAGUCACGCGUACAGGUGUGCAGAGCCGUUCUCGGGGCAGGUGGUGGUCGUUCUGGGAGCCAAAGCUUCAGGAUUGGACAUUUCCAUUGAACUGGCCAAAGUUGGUGCCCAGGUGACUCUGAGUCACGCUGGGCCUCUGCUCACCUGUCCACUUCCUGCGGAGAUUCAGCAGUGCAGCCCAGCGGUGGCGGUGGAGGAGGACGGCAGGAUCCUCUUCCAGGACGGCUCUGUGGCCGCCGCUGACGCUCUGAUGUUCUGCACCGGGUACAACUUCCGGUACCCGUUCCUGGACGCGGCCCAGCUGGGCCUGCAGGUGCAGGAUCACCUGGUGUCUCCUCUGUACCACUACAUGAUGCCGCCGGCCUUCCCCUCGCUCUUCUUCAUCGGCAUCUGCAAGAUCAUCUGCCCCUUCCCCAACUUCCACUGCCAGGUCCAGUUCGCUCUGGCCGUGUUGGACGGCUCCGUCGCGUUACCGUCUCCGGCUCGGAUGGAGGAGGAGGUCCGGAGCGAGCUGCGGGAGAAGGUGGAGCGCGGCGUGCAGCGUCGCCACCUGCUGAUCUUGGAGCAGCAGCAGUGGGAGUACUGCCGGACGCUCGCUCGCACCGCCGGCUUCACGCCGCUCCCGCCGGUCGUCCGCAGCCUGUACGAGGAGGUGUGGCGCCAGAGACGGGUUCACCCCGAGAACUACCGGAGGCUCAACUACAGGCUGGUCGGAGACGCUCGCUGGGAGCUCGUCGACUGA